AUGAAAAUUGUUGCGUUUGGGAACCCCCUACUGGACACGAUCGUGCUGUUAAAAAGCGACGCUCUUUUGAAAAAAUAUUGUUUGGAAAAAGACGGCCAGAAAGAAGUGAGUCAGAGCGAAAUGAAGGCAUUGGUGGCCGAUCUUGAAGAGUACGAAAAAACUUUCGUGGCUGGCGGUUGUGCACAAAACACGCUCAAGGUGGUUCAGUGGCUUUUGGACAAAAAAUGCGCUGCAACAAUGUUUGGCUCGAUUGGGGGCGACAGUGAGGGGGAAAUUCUGAAGAAAAUUUUACGGGAGCACGGGGUAGACACGAAUUAUGUCACACAGCCUGGGUACAUUACGGGAUCAACUGUGUCUCUGGUAACUGGGGAAAGUCGAUCGUUGGUUGCUUAUCUGGGCGCUGCUGAAGUGAUGUCUCCUCAGGAUUUUUCCCCGAAUUCGCACAUAAUUGAAGACGCGAAUUUGGUGUACAUGGAGGGGUUUUUCAUUACCAAGAGGAUUCAAGUUGCUUCCGCUAUCGUAAACUGCUGUAAUCGGCUCAACAAACAGUUUGUGUUUAACUUGUCGGGGCAAUAUUUAUGCACAGACUACACACAAACCGUUGUUGAUUUUGUACAAAAAUCUAGCAUUAUCUUUGGUAAUAAGAGGGAAUUCCAAACUAUUUGUCCCCCAAUGAACGAAAGUAGUGUUGAAAAUUUGAUUAAAAACUUGGGAAAACAGGGUAAAAUUGUGGUUGUUACUGACGGUGCCAAAUGUGUGAAUUGUGUGGGAGGGGGCGAAACUUUGGAAAUCAAAGUGCCAGAAUUGAGGGCCGAGGAAAUUGUUGAUACGACCGGGGCUGGGGACGCAUUUGUGGCAGGUUUCCUAAGUGGGUAUCUCCUCAAAAAGCCGCUUAAAACGUGCUGUGAAUUGGGAAAUUACGCCGCGCAGGAAAUUAUCAAACGAAGGGGUUGCACAAUACCCGACUACCCCCCUGUACUUAAAUAGUUAAUAAAAAAAUUACAAAAAAUUUUGAAUUUUUUUGGUUACUUUGGAU